GCUAGGUUGCCAGUUCAGGAUUGCUCUGCAUUCCCCAAAGUGGUGUUUUUGUUCAAAACGGCUCUAAAUCUGGGUUCAAUCAAAUGUAUUUAAUCCCGGCUUCCAGGGAUGAGGUGGCUUUUGCCCUGGAUUCUAGCAGCAAGCAGCAUUUUGCAGGCCACUGCCCAGACCUCCAUCACCACCAUGUCCCCCACUGUCCCAGCCACGACAGAGACCUACACACGGACCCAGUACUGCAAGUGGCCGUGCGAGUGCCCCAGGUCCCCUCCGCGGUGCUCCAUGGGCGUCAGCCUGGUCACGGACGGCUGUGACUGCUGCAAGACCUGUGCCAGGCAGCGUGGAGAGACCUGCACGGAGGCUGACACCUGUGAUUUCCACAGGGGCUUGUACUGCGACUACAGCGGAGACAGACCUAGGUACGAAAUAGGAGUAUGUGCACAGAUUGUUGGUGUAGGAUGUGUCCUCAAUGGAGUCAGGUAUAAGAAUGGGGAGACGUUUCAACCCAACUGCAAAUACAACUGCACAUGCAUUAACGGGGCUGUGGGAUGUAUUCCCAUGUGCACAAACUCACGUCCUCCCCUUGUCUGGUGCCCAAACCCAAAGCUGAUUAAGAUGGCAGGGAAGUGCUGCGAGCAGUGGGUUUGUGAUGACUCCAGGAAAAUCAGGAAGACGUCUCCGCGUCACAUCUCCUCUGCAGCCUACGAGGGAGAGGAGGAAACCUGGCAGAAGAACUGCAUCGUUCACACCUCACCCUGGAGUCCCUGCUCAAAGACCUGUGGGCUGGGCAUCUCCACCAGGAUUUCCAACGACAAUGAGCAGUGCCGGCUCCUGAAGGAAAGCCGCCUGUGCAACUUGAGACCCUGUGAGGUGGAUAUAACCCAGCACAUCAAGCCUGGAAAGAAGUGCCUGGCUGUCUACAGGGCCAAUGAACCCAUGAACUACACCAUCUCAGGAUGUGUGAGCAAAAGUCCAUACAGACCCAAAUAUUGUGGCGUCUGCACAGACAACAGGUGCUGCACACCCUACAAGUCCAAGACUAUUGAAGUGAGGUUUCAGUGCCCAGAUGGAACUGAGUUGUCCUGGAAAAUCAUGUGGAUCAAUGCUUGUUUUUGCAACCUGAAUUGCAGGAACCCCAAUGACAUCUUUGCCGACUUGGCUCAUUACCACGAUUACUCUGAAAUCGCUAAUUAAAUUGGCUGAAUGCUUGAAUUGACCCAUUGCUCUGAUUUUACAGAGGUUUUAAAAUAAAAGGAGACUCUUCA